AUGGCGGCGCAUCGCUCGGCGGCCCCGGGCGGUAGUCAUGCCGUUGUCUUGAUCGGCUGCAGUCCCUGUUCGCUCACUUUCCUUAACUCGUGGGGCCACGGCUGGGGUAACGGAGGCAAGUUUAGCGUUAAGGACGACAGAACACUAGAGUCAGAUGGCGCGCCUAGUAGAUGUAGCGAGAAUGAUAUAUAA